GGUCAACAGCUCCCAUGUGUAGUGGACAGCCGGAGCUUGCACACUGCAGGUGUCACGACCACUUCCGUCACUCAAAGCAUCUCUUCCCCAGACCGCUGCCCUGGGGCAGCCGCCACGCCCGCUCUCCUCGAUGAACACCCGCACCCACUUGCUCGUCUCACAAGCCUCCAGGGGACAGCGCGGUCGCCUCCAGGAAGUGAAACGCCCUGGGGCGCAUCUCCUCGGGGGGGAAACUCCCACUCACUCUCCCCUCGAGCACGGCCUGCCCGGUGCCGGGGCGGCGGCGGGCGGGCCCUGGGCCGCCCCGCCCGACCCCGCGGUGCCGGCGACCGGGUGUUGCCGGGCGCUGCCCGCCGCCAGGGCCGGGCGCGCGUUUCUUGUGGAAAUCCCGGAGCCUCCAGCUCCGCCCCGCGCGUGUCCGUGGGCUGGGGCCGGGCGGGGGAGCAGCCCCGGCCGCCGCCGCCCCGCCCCGCCAUGCCGCAGCCGUAGGCAGCCCGCGGCCGCUCGCAGCCCUCGGCCUCCGCGGCCUCCGGGCCGAUGGGCAGCCUGCUGAGCGGGGUCAGCUUCAAGGAGCCCACCACGGUGGAGGACUGCGACUCCACCUGGGAGACCGACUCGGAGCCCGAGGCGGCGGAGCCGCGGCGGCAGGAGGGGGUGUGCGCCGCCGCGGGAGGCGGGGAAGAGCCGCCCGAGCCGCCCGCCGCCGACUGCCGGCCCGGGGAGCCGCCGCCGGCCCCGCCGCCGCAGGAGGACGCGGAGCGGGCAGAGGCGGACGCCGCCAGCCCCGAGCAGAGUGGUGAUGGAGCUGAGCUGACAGCCAAGCCAAAGAGAAGCUUCUACGCAGCAAGAGAUUUAUACAAGUACCGACACCAGUAUCCACAGAACUUUAAAGAUCUUCGGUAUCAAAAUGACUUGUGCAAUCUCCGGUUCUACAAAAAUAAAAUCCCAUUUAAACCUGAUGGGGUUUAUAUUGAAGAAGUCCUAAAUAAAUGGAAAGGAGACUAUGAAAAACUGGAACAUAACCACACUUAUAUCCAGUGGCUUUUUCCACUAAGGGAACAAGGUCUGAACUUCUAUGCUAAAGAAUUAACUACAUAUGAAAUUGAGGAAUUCAAGAAAACAAAAGAAGCAAUUAGAAGAUUCCUUUUGGCUUACAAAAUGAUGUUGGAGUUUUUUGGAAUAAAACUAAUUGAUAAAACUGGAAAUGUAGCACGAGCUGCUAACUGGCAAGAAAGAUUUCAGCAUUUGAAUGAGUCUCAACAUAACUACUUGAGAAUCACUCGAAUUCUGAAAAGUCUUGGUGAACUUGGAUAUGAGAGUUUCAAAUCUCCCCUGGUAAAAUUUAUUCUGCAUGAAGCUCUUGUGGAAGACACCAUUCCCAACAUUAAGCAAAGUGCUCUAGAAUAUUUUGUGUAUACUAUUAGAGACAGAAGAGAAAGGAGGAAACUGCUGAGAUUUGCCCAGCAGCAUUAUACGCCCUCAGAGCAUUUUAUCUGGGGACCCCCAAGAAAACAGAAGUCAGAGGGAAGCAAAGCAAAUAAAAAGCCAGCAUCUCCAGUUUCUAUUCCCAAUAGUCAUAUUUCUAAGCAUAAGAAACCAAAAGAGCCUAAGAAUACAUUGGCAAGUGGAAGCUCAGCUGGUAAACUAACUGAAGAAAGAAAGGUAGAAUUCACAAAAAACGGGGAAGAAAAUGAUCAGGAUGAACAAGAAGUGAACUGUGAUGCUGUUAGGCAGAACAACAGUGAAAAGAACAGUGACAUUGAUACCAGUCAACUUUCAAAAUCAGAAGAAAUUCACGAUAAUUCAGACAGAAAGGAGGACGCUUCUUACUCCAGAAAAGAUGAUGAAAAUCUGAACAAUGACUGUGGAAAUCACCCUGGCGUUACAGAGGAAGAUUUAUGUAACACUGAGAAUUCUUCAAAUGACCCAUCAGCAGAUCUACAAGAUAACCUUGAUAAGGAUACACUUUCAGGGGGGACCACCACAAAAACUAAGGAUGAGCUCAAACCAUGAGUCUGAGAUUUAAAACAUCUUUGUUUCACUUUGAAUGAAGCAAAUUAUUCAUUGCUUCUUAAUUUUGGUUGAAAUUUCCAUCCAAUAUUAGUUUACAAGACUAUGCUUGUUGCAAAUGCAUCAGAUUAGGCUACUGUUAGGUUAAUGAGUUUUGGUUUUUUCAACCUCAGUUUAUCAGCAGUCAGCCAGGUGUGUCUCUUUAAAACAAUUGUGUGUAUUGAGAGCUAAGAAAUUCAUUAUCUUUUCCAGACAGAUUGCACAGAAAAGCUUAUCUACUUUUUAAAAUUCAUCCAGCAUUGAAAAAAAAAAUAAAGUGUAACAACUAAACAGCCUUGGAACAUCAAAAUUUUUAAGUUUCCUGUAAGUUUGCUUUAAGUUUUGUUUUCCAUUUAGGAAAUUACUAGAAAUUAUUUCAAAACCACAGUUUUUUACCCUAGUGGUUAUUUUUUUUAGGAACUGUGGUCAUGAUUAAUAGCAGUAUUUGCACAGUAUCUUUUAGCUUAGAUUAGCAUCUUUGUUGGAGGCACUUAACAAUGGAUAGCAUAUAUCAUGUCCUGUACAGCUGGGAAUCACUGUACCUUGAAUAAAAGUUUUAACUUAAAAGCAACUGUAUCCACAGUUUUUGGAUACAAGGGAAGCUGCACUUUAGACUUCUUUUAGUCCCUGUUAAAUUCUCCCUUCUCUUGACUCAUUUGUUACAACUAAUCUGGAGGGAGGGAUCUCUUUGAUCUCUCUAAUUUGGUCUCAGUUUGAAAGCUCUCUGUUACUCAGCUGUAGUAAGACGACUCCCCCAAGUGGGAUCAGCACCUGGAAAACCUCUGGACAGCUGAAUAACAGUGUCCUUACCACAGAGCACUGCCUUAUCAGCAAAGCCAUCAGAGAAAAGGUCAACAGGCAUUGCUAGUUGGGUCUUACUUGAACUUCGAUGUUUCCUGGCCAGUUUUGGGUAGAAUCUGCACAAUGCAGUCACCUGUCGCUGGUUUCAGAGGCAAAGGCAAUCCUCAUACUUCUUUCCAGAUGUCUCUUUCCUCUCUUUCCUCUCUAUCAUAAGACUCUCACAGUUUUAUGUUACUUUGAUAAACAAUGUAAACUUAAGGCACGCCAGUCUGUUGGCUGGGCUGGAGCCCAACAAGUAGGAGUUUCACUAUUAAGAUCUUUCCCAGCUUCUACCAAAGAACUGUUUGCUCUCCCUGAGCAGCUUCUUCUGAUUUUCUACUGUUCAAGUCAAAUGAUAGUACCCAGCAAGUCAGUUGUGCAGAAUAUGAAUUAAAAAAUAAUGCAGGUGCAAUUCACACUUCCUACAGUUCUAAAAUAGUCUAAAACUUCUGUAUGUAUUUUCUGUUUAAAAGUGUACAUAUUAUCCACUGCCUUUAAUGUAUUGCUGAUUAAAUGUUAUAAGGCAAGAGGCUGACUACAGUUUGAGCAUCAAAAUGCUACAGGACUUUAUUCAAGUAUUAUAACUCUAAAUGAUGAAGUUUUCAGGGGUUUCAGAGCAUAGACAAAAUGUCCUCUAUUCUGUUUUGCCAGUGCCCGUCAUGGCAAUGCAUCAUCCGUUUUUUUCUCCAGGUAGCACUGGUUCUUGGGAUCAAGUAGAGUGGCAGUUAGGGGUCUUGGUACCUAUGGAAAAAGAUUAGACUCUUUCCAUCCUAAAGAAGCAGAGAAGAAGGAAGAUGUAUUUUAUUUCUCCUUCUGUGCUGACUUGUGAGGAAAGGAACUUAUAUACAUGGAUUUUUUUUUAGGGUAACCUGGAUCAUUCAAGUAGGCAUUAACUCUGUCUGAGCAGAAAUGCCCCAAAGAAUUCCAGCCACCACCUUUUUAGAGGCAGAAAGAUCCCGAGAAGCUUUUCACAAUUCCCUGGACAUGAACUGGGAUUCCCUUGUUUGUGUUCACCUCUGACCUUCAGAACGGAAUGGGAAGGAAGUGCUGUGAUAAAACUGGUCUGUGUAGUUAAGAACUCUACCCCUCCACGUAUGCAAAGGGAGGACACUUCAUUUUCUGCCUAUGACUUCUUCAGUCUUGAGUGCCUAACUGUGCAAACUUCCUAGAGUUGUUCUUACAUAGUUAUUUUUUGAGUAUCAUAGGGAAAAUUGAUACCUUGUGUAUAAGGAGCAUAACUAUAGCAUAAGAAGCUAUACAGAGCCUUCAAUUUAUGAACUUCAUAUUAAUUUUAAACACUUUACAGAAAAUGUGGAGUACUGAUGUGAAAUAAGGGAUGACAAAGGUGUUAUUAUAUUUAUAGUGUAAUUUGAUUGAACAUCAGUGACCUCAGGAGAUCUUUUGUCUACUGAAUAAAAAAAAGAGAAAUCUUGCCCCCUGAUUUUAAACAAAGUUCUUGGGAUGCACAUCCAGAAGAUUACUCUGCAGUAUUCCAUUAUCAUGACAUAUGAAACACUUCAAAAUGCUUACUGGUUCAACAUUCAUAAUUAAGUACUUAAAAUACGUUUAAUCUGACCAAGCUGCCUUCAUUAAGGAGCCAAGGUAUCUGAAAAUAUUAUCAAGAACUUUGGUACUUAAAUCUGUAUUAACUCUGCAAUUUAUUUUUUUUUAAAUCUGCAACUCAGUAUAUUUCUUUCAGUUUUUGUAGAAGAGUAGUGGCAUAUCACUUGCCUACAAAGACCUAUGGGGACUAUAUAAGUGAGGGUGUUUGUGUCAGGUGGGCUCCUACACUCUCUAAUCCUUGUUUUACAGCUUUAUCAACAGAAUUACUCCCAUGGGACUUCAGCUUUAACUAACAAAUUCUGCUCCAAGUAAAAUUUGACAGUUUAUCAUUCUUUUCAUAGAGGAAUUGUUUUUUUCUGAUUUUGCAAGUAUUAAAAGAAGGAUUUAUUGCAGGGCAAUCAUACAGCGAAGCGUCCCAUUGAGAUUUGUGAGGAUCAAGUGGGUGCACUGUAUGCAUUUUUGUUACAGAAUCAUGGCCUUAGCAACCAGAAGCACCCCGUGCUUGAAGUUUCUAAGUAUUGGUUUUCAGGUUUACAGUAUAUAUACAGUAUAUAUGUGUGUUGAAAUGAUUGUAUUCUCAUAGAUACCAGUACAUAGGUGGUUAACCAUUGCUUCAGUAACUGAGGGUAUGCAAAGAAAGUCAAGUCAUUUGCUUACUGUUAAAUUUCUUUUUGUCUUGCUGUAUGCUUAAGUAUUCAGGGAUUUCUGUGUACUUAUUACAAUAGUGUAUCUUGGCCCAGUGUUAGACUAGAAUCUGAGCUGUUCAUAUGUUAAUUGAACAGAACCUUCCAUAUGAAGGUUCUUCCCAAGUAAGUACAUCUGAGUAGCCUCUGGUACUGUUAAACUGGAGUAGUGUGUACAUGCACGUACCUGUGAAUUUGAUUUCAAGGAUCUUAUGGCGAGGGGAUAUGAAAUAUGCCACUUGGAACAAUGUUACUGAGUACACAGAUGAGUACACACAAGGUGAUCAUAUAAAUCAUGCAAAAAUGCAGCACUUUAAGGUUAGUUACAGCUCUGUGCCCUUCUGUGCCAGACACAAGUGUGCCUCAGUACCUGAUACUGUGUUGGUGUAGAGACUGAAGGCUUGGGUACAUGAGGUGUGCAGCACAGACCAUUCAGAGCAAAAGAGUAGUUACAUGUGUCCACGUAUCUAGGAGCAGGUCUGAGGUCUUUGUGUUCAUGUUGCUCAAAUAAAAUCUUGAAGGAUGCUAAAAAUAAGUGCAAUAAUCCUUUGAGAGCUGUUCCCUGGCAUGGGUCAGCUCCUCAGUUUCCUGCUCUAAGAUUGCAGCACUCUAAUGUAUUAGGUAUUUGUACAAUCAUUGUUAAUAUUUCAUGUAACCUAGUGUAAGCCUCCCUGAACUGUUCCAGGAUAAUACUAAUAAUCUGCAGUUGCAUAUAUCUGUACUAUAAACAGAAGGUUUACAGACCUUAAAAGCUCUGUACAACAUUGAUGGAUGGUCCAGUGAGGUAAGACAAGUGACAUUUACUGGAUUUAAACAAAAAACAGCUCUUGUUUGUUUCUAAAUAAAAUUUAUGUCUAUCUGUUUAAUUGAGAGGUUAUUCCUCCCCUUUCUUCUGACUAUUGUGAUGGUACUGAUCACAAUUUAGUGUUAUAUAUGUUUAGGUCAAAACGUAAUUUUUUACACCACACUUUUGCAGGAGACAUAUAAUACUGAAUUUGCUUGACAAAAGCUGUAUUUAUGAAUAAGAUGCAAGUGUGUGAAGCAAAUUUUGCCAUUAAUAAAAGUGUGACAAUAUCAUGCUGAUGAUGUAUGUUGUCUUCAGAAUUGCCAGUGGGGAUCAGAACCAAAGAUAUUUCUAGCCUUGUGUCCUGCCUCCAGUGCUGGCCACCAAAAGACGCUGUGAAACAAAGAAAUGAUACAGUGACCCCAUUUUUCUCCAGGAAUUUUUUGGUUUUGAACUCAUGGUUUCUUUCAGCCUCUUCAGUCCCUUGUGGCUGUGAGUUCUGUGUUUUAAUAGUGUUUUGUGUGGAGAAGGUGAUCUUUUAUUUGUCUCAGAUCUGUUUGUUAAAGAAUUGCUACUGCAUUUGAACACAGUAGUAAAAGUACUGUAAGAUGAAGAGUAAUCCACUUCAAAUCAGUUUUUAAACGCCAUGGGAGAUUCUAAUGACAAAAUACCUGUUUAGGCAGAAAAUGUCCCAUGUUUCUUCUGUUUUCAGGCAGAAGAUGUCUGUUUAGGCAGAAACUUGUCCUAAGCUGAUGACAAUGCUACCUUACUUAUUCCUUCUGAAUACAUAUUUGCACAUAAAUCCUUUUGCAGACUAAUGCUAAAAGUGUAGAUGAAGUGUUAAAAGUCAGAUUCCAACUGCAGAACAGGGUUGAUUUAUUUUUUUCUUACCAGUGUAAAAGUAAAAUCAGUCAAAUGGAAAACCUAUUCCUAGCCCACAUAUGGUUGAGCUACCUCUGGAUUUGGAGCAACCAGCAUCAAUGAAUCUAGCAUUGUGAUCAUAUAGAAGAUGGACAUCAUUCCACAUUUUGGUAAUUUGUUUUGAUACGUGUUCACAUUUCCAAUUGUAAUUGGAGUAACUGGUCAAAAGGUAUUUUUUUAUGGCUGUCGGAGCCUGAAAAUGGGUAAAAAAAGGCCUAAGCAUAUUCAACCCCCCUUAAUUCGCAUCACAGUCAACACCUUAGUUUCACUAUUUACAGAUUUUUAGAUGCAGUUCUCCAAGGGGAGUGCACAUUGUGUCUCUAAUAUCUUUGUGCUCAGUAUUGGCUAUGAACUGUUUCUUUUCUUGAAAGCUGUGUUCACUUUUCAGCUCUUGUUCUUAAGUACACUUAGUUAAGACCUUUGUUGAAAGCAAGAAUUUACUUUAAAGGACAGGUUUAUUACAUGCUGUACGUAAUGGACUCCUUAAAAUGUAGUUCAAAAGCUGUAGAAAUCAAUUCAACAGAGACCUCAUUUCUUCUUAGAAAUGUGGCUCUUUAAUUUUACCACGCUUACAAGUUCAGUGGUGUAUUCAUCAACUAAAGUUUAUUGUGAAAUAUACUGAAUGUACUUACUACUGUGGCUAACCAUGUGAAAAUUAUUGUUUUGCAGUGAAAAAGGUUAUGGCACUUAUAUUUUUGGGUCUACUGAAGCAUGUUUGCUAAUCAUCAGUUGCUCUUUAUUUUUCUGUGUUUUAAGGUGUUCCACGGUUGUUUGCCCUUUAUGCAGUUUGAUUUUGGCAACAGAUGAUUAAGUGUAGUUUUGCACUGAUAAAAUUUGAAAAUAUCAUAGACUUCAUUGUUGAAAUGUAUUCUAAGAAAAAAGUGCAGUAAAAAGAAAAAACCCCAAAGCCCAACAAUUUUUACUUGCAAAAUGGAACAGCUCUAUGUCAGUUUUUUAUGAAUGGUCCUGCUCUCUUCUCUGUAUUCCUUUGCAGUGUUUAAUUACAGAAUGCCAUGCAUGUUUGGUAGUACCAAUACCAUGUGUAUGUGGUGGAGUGGUAACCAGUUUCUGGAUUUGUAAUGCACUAUAAAGAGAUAUUUUAUAAUUCUGUAUCUGUAUGGCAGUGUUAUGCCAAAAAAAUGUAUAAACAUAAAAAGCAAUAGUUUAUGUUGCUUACUGCUAUAUUUUAAAUCAUUUGUAAAAUGAAAUACUUGGAUUUCCUUUCAGGUAAAUAUAUUUUUAAUAACAGCAGCCAAAAACUCAACUAAUAAAGCUUCUUCAUUUAGCAGCA